GACGGACGUGAUUGUCAUGACCGUGAGUCUAGACGAUAUUUCUGUUUAACUAGUUUCCUCUCAACAGGAUAACAUUUUAGAUUUUGAAAGUAGGAAAAAGAAGAAGACAAAAGUUACCUCUAGCGAUCAAAAAGAAGGGGCUGACGAAAUGGAAGAUCAUGAGGUUAUUGACUUUGGUUCAAAGAAGAAAAAGAAGGACAAACCCUUGAGUUUGGAAGGGGCUGUGAUAAAGGAUGAUGACGUAAAAGACCAGGUUAAAAGUUCAGUCAAUGACAAAGUAGUUAAAGAACUCGCGGAUAAGAUUGCAGAUGAACUUCAUUUCUCAGACAAGAAAAAGCGUAAAAAGCUCAAGCCAGUCGAUGUGGAUGAAAGUGGCAUGGUUGAAUCUAAUACCGCCUCGGAAGUGGUUGUCCGAGACUUAUCUGGUUAUGAUUAUGAGAUGUUGCUAACAAGGGUUUUUGCCCAACUUGGUGAUUUAAAUCCCGAGCUGGUAUCAGAUCAAAAAAGAAAGCUUGUAAUGGUCCCUCCUCAAAUGGCUCGUGUUGGAACGAAGAAGACGCUCUUUGUUAACUUUUCUACAAUUUGCCGUUCUUUGAACAGAGAUCAGUCCCAUCUCACCACUUAUAUACUUACUGAGUUGGGUACACAAGGUUCUGUAGAUGCAAAUGGCGCUUUGCUUAUUCGCGGGCGUUAUACCAGUAAGCACAUGGAACCAGUGCUUAGGAAUUACUGUAGAACCUACGUCCUUUGUGGUACUUGCCAGUCUUCAGAGACAGACUUAUGCAAAGACUCACGCCUUUUGUUUCUACAUUGUCGGAGAUGCGGUUCUCGUUUCACAGUGAAGACAGUUACGUCUGGAUUCCAAGCACUAACUGGCAAACGUGCAGCUCUACGUGCAAAAACUCAAUAAUUACUACUUCAUGAAGCUUAAAUAUUUUGUAUUGUGGUUAAAACCUAGAAUUUAAAUAUUGAACACCUUGUUUGCUAUCUCCAUGUUUCGUCUCGGAAUUAAGUAGCUAUCUGUAUGUUGUGUGAGUGGGUCACAUUUUGCUAAAUAUUUUUAUUUUGUAGACACCGGCUUUAAUUAUUGUGGGUAAUUGUGUAUAAUAUGAUCAACAGACAUUUUUAAGUCAUAUUUGAAUCGUUGUUCUCUUGUUUCGAGUCCUCAAGCAAUUGAAUAGUUGGCAGUUUAGGCAAUCUAAAUUAUGGCAAUAACUUGGAACUUUGCACAGAAGUGCAUCAAUUCAAGUUGUCACACUUCGUAGAGGCACACAAACGUAAAGCAAGGAGAAGUGGUGAAACUACAGUAGAUAAAGAUGUAUUGAAAAGAGAAUAAGGUAACUGACGAUUAUCAGAAUCCGGAUGAUGAUAUACCAUUGUUAAGACAAUGACCUAUGUCACUAAAAGUCUCCAAAGAUUUAUUCUUAACAUUCCGACUGCCCCGAUCAGGUUAUCUACACUCAUCUGUGUUUCACAGAUUAAUAAUGGCACCAUGAUUCGGUAGAAUAUUUUCCUUUGACAACUCCUAACUCUUUCUCAUCUGAAUCGUGUUUUGCUUGACGUCGCACGUGGAAACAGGCAAUAGCUUGGUAGGUGUAAAACACUUCCUUGCAAUCUCAGUAAAUGGACCUUCUGGAUACACUGCCGCAUUCGUCUUGUUUGGUAUAAUGCCACAUUUAACAUAAUCGUAUGACUUUAUUAGGUUGAGGAAUAUAAGUCAAAGUUAAACGCCCGGUAGUAUGUCUGCUUCUCAGAACUUGUCCAGAUGUGAAUAUCAGUGCAGUCUCAUCCAGAUUUUAAUACUCGCCCGGUUUUCUCAAGCCAUACUUAAACUUUACAGGACUGCCGAAUUUUGAAUCUUAGAUACCAUAUUAACCUAAGCGAUAAUCUCAGGAAGAUUUAUCUUAUUUAGAAUACGCAUAUGCGCUGUCACCAUACCCAGAAGGGACAUCUGAAACUCUACGUAAAAUUCUUAAGAAAACAAGAGCUGUGGUAGGAUUCAAACCUACAAACUUACUCAAAAACCCCAUUAAUCCAAUU